AUGACUGCCUUUAAGACUCCAAUUGGGACAACACCCUAUAAGCUUGUGUAUGGGAAGAAUUUCCAUCUCCCGGUUGAAAUAGAGCAUAAGGCAAAUUGGGCCAUUAAGCAAAUCAAUUUUGAUCUCCAUGCCGCGGGUGAACGAAGGUUGCUAGAUCUUCAUGAGCUAGAAGAGCUCCGCAUGAAUGCCUAUGAUAGCGCAAGUUUGUAUAAGGCUAAAACCAAAGCAUGGCAUGACGCGAAGCUCUCCAAGAAAGAGUUUGUGGAAGGACAAAAGGUCCUACUCUACAAUUCAAGGAUCAAGCUCUUUCCCGGAAAGCUACGAUCAAGAUGGAGCGGCCCAUUCAAAGUGUCCAAGGUCUUCCCACACGGUGCAAUCGAGAUCUUCAAUGACAAGUAUCCUCCAUUCAAAGUGAAUGGACACCGUCUCAAGCUAUAUUUUGAGGGUCAACCAUUCGCAAAACCAGAAAAUUUGUCACUUAUUGAUGUGUUCAAGUCCCCUUGA